GUUGGCGGCCGCCGACCGCCGCAGUAUAAAUCCAGAAACGAUACCGAGCGAUUGUUCGACGAGACAGUUAUCAGUAUUAUCGUGUGCAUACACGCUACUUAGUGAGUGGACUGUUGUAAUCUGUGAUAUAUUCAGUGAAUUAGGAUUAAGUUAUGGAAUCUCCAGUUGUAGUUGACAAACCACCUGAAUACCACGGGAACGCGAGGGAACAUGAGCGCGGCUUCCCGUUUGAUGAGGAGGAGGGCUCGGGCGCGUGGAGCGAGCUCGCGGCGCGGCACCCAGACAUAGCGGCGCGCCUGCGCCAGCGGCCCGCCACCUGGGCGCGCAAGCGGCGGCCCUCCAGCCAGGACGCCACAGAAGAUUUCGGCGAGAGCUUCGGCGGCUUCGACAGAUUCCCCUUCGACGACAUCCCGCCAGAGUUCAGGGAGCACUUCCCUACACACUGGAACCGCAGGUACAGCGCGCGCGACGAGCCCCCGCCGCCCGCGGCCCCGCCCGCACCCCCCUCCCCGCAACACAGCAGCGCCGCCACACAGACCGAGCCCGCCCCCUCCCCAGCCCCCGCCGCCCCCUCGUCCCACCUGCCGCAGUACGGGCUCCGCAACACCGUCGACCUCGGCCAGAGGAGCGCCGCCGACCCCAGCCUGGUUGAUGCGGACGACCGGGGCCAACGGUCCAUGUCCGCACCUCCCGACGGCUACGCGCACGACCAGAACAACCCCAGCAUGAGCUCGCCCAACCACCCGGAGCACGCGGAGCCGCAGCCCUCCAACGUGCGCCACAUCCCCAUCUUCGUGGAGGGCCGCGACGAGCCCGUCAUCAACAAGUCGGCGCACUUCGGCGAGCCCAAGCCGGCCUACGCGCCGCCGCCGCAGCCGACAGCGCACAACUACGCCGACUUCGACGACGGCCCCGCCUUCCACGCGCCGCCGAACUUCUCGCGGGCGUUCGGCACCCCCUUCAACAAAGGCUUCCGGCAGGGCCCGCAGCCUUUCGUCCAGCAGAAGGUGUACCCGCAGACCGCUUUCGCGCGCGGCGCCUCCCCGCAGCGUUCGCAGUCGCCGAAGCCGCAGCCGCAACCAGAUGAACACUAUGUGAAGGUGCCCGUGCACCACGAGCACGCGCCGCCCAGACCGGAGCCCCAGCCGCGGCCGCAACCGCAACCGCAACAACAGCAGCAGCAGCAGAAGCCCGCGCCGCAGCAGCAGGCGCCGCCGAAGCAACCCACGCCGCCGCCGCAGCCCAAACCGCAGCCUCCCUCCGCGAACGACCCCAUAACCCAGAUCCUUAGCAUUCAAACUGACGUCCUCAACCUGAUGUCCGAAGUGGAAAACUUCACCGGUACCAAAAAAGACAAGAGAUAUUUAUUCCUAGAUGAGAUGCUGACGAGGAAUCUCAUUAAGUUAGACAAUAUUGAAACGGAGGGCAAGGAGAACAUCAGGCAGGCCCGGAAGGAGGCGAUCAAAUGUAUUCAAAAGUGUAUAGCGGUUUUAGAGGCGAAAGCGGAAAAGGGGAGCAACGCGGCGGCAAGCCAGGACGUAGUUAUGAAUGAAAACGCCGAGCUGGCCGACCCGGUCGCGGUGAACGGCGCGGAGGUCGAGAUGAAGGACGCGCCGGCCGAGCAGGUAACGACCGAGCAGAAGGAGGAGGCGCACAGUACACAGUCACAACAAGAGAUUAAAGAUACCAAACCCCAGGAGGAGAAAGUGGAGGCGGCUGAGGUCCCCGCCGCGCAGGUCGCCGCGGAGCCCCAGGCCGCCGACACGCGGCCCGAGGACAAGGCCCCCGAACAAAACGCGGAGCAGAAGGACCAGGAGACGACAGAUAAAAAAACUAGCCCCAAAAAGGGUGGCAAAAACGUAAAAAAGAGAGAUAAGAGUAAGGAUAAUAAAGAAAAGGAUAGCAAUAAGGAACAGACGGAGAAGAAAGAGACGGAAGCCACGAUGCAAGUGGACGCGACGGGCGACGCGGCCGUGGCGAUGGAGCUGGACGGUGCUGCUAGUCAAUAGUUUAGCUUUGCCUUAGUGAAUGAAUUACUCGAUGUAGAUACGCGUAUAUCCGCCGCACGGGGCCACUCUGCCUUCUUUCCUCUUCGUGUUGAUUCUCUGUGCGUAAAUAACACAAGUGUUGACAUAUUAUAGUGUUUAUGUUUGUACAAUUUACGUUUUUAAUAUUAAAACAAGAUAUGUAAAGGAAUUUGUUGUCCUUCAGGAUUUGGAAUGGUCUCCUCUUAUUUAAAUCCUAAUAUUUAAUUAAUUUAUUGUUUAUCAUACUUGAUAACAACAUUUU